AUGGGGGACGCACUCGUCACAGUGCGAGACCUGUCCGGCGUCGCGAGCAGCGCCGAGGAAUCCAGGUCGGGUGUGCUGGUAUGGCCGGGAUCGGCAAAGACAGUGGGCCGGGACGGCCCAAGAGGCCUAGAAGGCAGAUCCGGGCGAGUGGGGGAAGACACCGCUACUGAUCCAGGUAGUGGCCCAGCCGAGGGAGGAGCAGGCAGACGCGUAUGUUGGCGUCCAGCUUCGAGGAGUUCGUCAUCACUGUCUGCAGUAUAA